AUGGCAUCUGUUUCUAAUUUCACCAGUAGGUUCGAGCGGAGCAUCUCCGUCGAUGCCAUCUUCAGGAUGUCCCACAUAUCGCAUCAAACCCGAGUGCACUUGAAGAAGGUGUACGCGAAUCUGACGCUUUGUACGCUUGUGGCAGCCGCGGGUUCCUGCGUCUGCAUCGUCGCAAGCCUUUUGCCUGUCUUCGGCGGGCUGGCUCUGCUGUCUAUUCUCGGAUUACUGGUCUCGGUUAUUUGGCUCGCCGUAACCACCCACAGCCCCGAGAACGAGAAGACGAGAUUCUCUGUUCUCCUAGCAUUUGCGUUCUUCUCGGGCUUCGCGCUCGGACCCGUGAUAAACUCUGUGGAUCCGAGUAUUGUUGCCCUGGCCGUGGCGGCAACCGCUGUGCUCUUCGUUUGCUUUACUCUUAGCGCACUAUACGUCGAACGCAGGAUCUACAUGCUAUUAGGAGGCGUGGGCCCCACUCUUGUCAUAUUGCUUGUGCUGACUAUGAUCGACCUGGGCUCUGAUACGGACACGUACCUAGGGGUGCUGAUGUAUUGCGCGUUUGUUAUGAUCGACACUCAACUCAUCAUCGGGAGAGCGGAGAGCGGCGACGAAGACUACAUCUGGCACUGCGUGGGAAUGUUUCUCGAUAUAGUCGAGAUGUUUCGGAAGAUCACGGCCAUUUUCGCCUCCAAGGACAAGAACAGGACCGACGUAGAGAAAUGUAUACGUGGUCAUGACGAACUGUAG